CCACUUAUAAAUAAACCUAUGUAGAAUGAUAAUUGAGGAAUCAAAACCAAUGGGGUCUCAAAGUGAAGACCAUCUUGCAAAAAUGCUUCAAGCUCAAACCAAAGUGUUCAAUCACAUUUUCAGUUUCAUAAACUCAAUGUCCCUUAAAUGUGCAAUUGAAUUGUCUAUACCAGAUAUCAUACAAAACUAUGGUCAACCUAUCCCACUUUCACAACUCAUUGCUAAAUUACCAAUUCACCCUUCCAAAACCGGUGACAUACAUCGUUUGAUGCGAAUUUUAACACAUUCUGGUUUCUUCAACGCCAUUGAAAAUAAUGACGUUGAAGAAGUAAUGUAUGAGCUUAAUGAUGCAUCUAGAUUAUUGCUUAAGGAUCAUCCCUAUAGUAUGACAUCGUUGUUACAUCUUAUACUUGGUCCAAUUUUGAGUAAACCAUGGCAUCAACUUUCUAGUUGGUACAAAAAUGAUGACCUUUCACCUUUUCACACUGAAAAUAAUGGAGUGGCGUUUUGGGAUUAUGCUGGUCAUGACCCUAAACUUAAUGAGUUGUUUAAUGAAGCUAUGGCUUGUGAAACUAGAAUGGCUUGUAGUGUUGUGAUGGGGAAGUUUAGAGAGGUGUUUGAAAAGAUGGAAUCAUUGGUUGAUGUUGGUGGAGGUGUAGGGACUAUGUCUAAGGCUAUUGCUAAGGCAUUCCCGAAUAUGGAUUGUGUAGUGUUUGAUCUUCCACAUGUUGUUGGUGGAUUGCAAGGGAGUGAGAACUUGAAAUAUGUUGGAGGGGACAUGUUUGAGGCUAUUCCUCCUACUCAUUCAAUUUUACUCAAGGGUGUAUUACAUGAUUGGAACGAUGAGGAAUGUCUGAAAAUACUAAAGAAAUGCAAGGAAGCAAUAAUGAGCAAUGGGAAAGUGAUAAUCAUAGAUGCAGUGAUAGGGAAUGAGAAGGAAGAAAAUGAAACAAUUGAAGCACAAUUGUUUUAUGAUUUGGAGAUGAUGGUGUUGGUUAAUGGAAAAGAGAGAAAUGAGGAAGAAUGGUCUAAGUUGUUUUUUUCUGCUGGUUUUAGUAACUACAAGAUAACUCAUGGUCUUGGUUUUAAGUCUCUCAUUGAGCUUUUCCCAUAGUACUUGUAACUUAAACUUCUUGUGUACAAUUGUGUGUUUGUUCUGUCCUUUUUUUUGCAGUGUGUAUGUUGUGUAUGUUGCAAUAAUGGAAAUAAAAAGGAGCACAGCUUGGGUUUCUUUAUUCCUUUCUUCUUUUGAUAGAUUUUUAAGUCCCAUUUUCUAUCCGUUAAGAAGGUAUAGUUAUAAUACUAUAAAUGGAUCUUUUGGUUUCUUUCUCGAAGUCACCAAGUGAUUCAUCCAUUUGUAGCUUCAAAUU